GGGCAGGCUGUGCUCUGCGUGGUGUGGCCCUGAGAAGACCCAGGGUCCCUGAGGCCCGACCUGGCACAGGGAGCUGACCCUGCACCCCUCGAAGCUUCUGAGGCUUAGGAGGCAGAGGCGGGAGGCGGGGGCCUCCUUAAAAAGGGAGGGGGUCAGCAAGUCCUGCUCAGCCCGUGCCCACCCCGGCAGAGGUCCUGGCUUCCUGGGAGGGCAGGAGACUGGGCUCCUAGGGCCCUGUUUCUGAGCUCAGUGGACAAAGGCAGCGCCCUGGAAGUGAGCCAGAGGAUAGGUUGGAAGAGGAAGGUUCCGGGCUGCCCCAGCAGGCCCCUUACAUAGCUGCUGUGAGUAAACAGGGCCGGUGUCCUGCCUCAGCAGGGACUCUCCCACCCUGGCUGCUCCUGCAGGCCUGGAGGUGAGUGGGAAGGGUUUACAAGCAGUUUCCGCUUACAGCCGCCUGGACUGUUUCUGAGCUAAAGAGCAACACAGCGUCUUAGAAGGGGAAUGACUGGAGGGCAUCUGGGGCGCACACCUGCCUGGCUCGGUGUCCUCAUGACAGGGUCGUGCGGCCCAAGCCUCAUGGGUGCGCGAGGCACAGCAGUGACCACGUAGCCCUUCCUGGGCUAGUACUGAGGUUGGGGCUUCAGUCCUGACUGGUGAGCUGAGCCUGGGGAACGCUGGGAAGUCAUGGGAGCUGCUUAGAGUUCAGCUUUCUCAGCCAUGUGAAGAGGAUGAUGAGACUUUUCAUAGGGUUUUCACAAGCAGUAGAAACGCAGGUGGAGCCUGGCCCGGUCUGCAGGCACCAGCAGACAGCAAGCAGCACAGGCACUGGGACCCCGGGGCCGCUCCUGCCCUCCCUAGGGGGCAGCGGCUCAGGAAAGCUGCGUCCCCACCGAGGCCCAUGGGGUGGGGACGUGGCCUUGGCUGCCCCUUUCAGAAUGGGGUUGCUGAGGUUCGGCCACAUCCACCUGCAAUGCCCAUGCCCGAGGGCACGUGACAGUGAAGGGCCUGGGCAGUUGAAAAUAAACACCCGUGAGCCUGCACCUGCUCUGACCUCUCUGCAGCCAGGGCACCUUUCUGGGACUGUGACGUUUACUGCCCUGUCUUUCCUCUGUCGUCCUAACCGGAUCACAGGGAGGGUCUGAGCCUCAAAGUCCUGGAGAGUCAAAAGCUCAUUCAGAGAACACAUUUAUGGGACGAGGGAAAGGCCUGACGUGUGUCCCGGGGAAGGUGCUAGAAAAGCAGACACCUCCCUCCUUGUGAGGAGACGGGAGCUCCUGGGGCUGUGCUCACUCUGAUGAAAAAUAAAAGACAGUUGUGACUUUGAAAACCCAUGAUUCGAAAAGCUAGAUGGAACUCAAUAAAGAAGUGACUGAAAUACUAAGUUACUGACCCAGAGACCUGCCUGCAAGUGAAGAACCAAGGGAAAUAGCAAAGCGCUCAGUGUUCUGCUUGGAGCAUUCGUGGGGAGAGCAUGAAAACCUUCUCAGGGCUGGAGGCAGUUCGACAGAAGUGUACAGAGGCUUCUGGCAACACGGAUCGCAGUCUACCUGAUGACCUUUCUCAUCGUGACGGUGGCCUGGGCGGCACACACAAGGUUGUUCCAAGUUGUUGGGAAAACAGACGACACACUUGCCCUGCUCAACCUGGCCUGCAUGAUGACCAUCACCUUCCUGCCUUACACGUUUUCCUUAAUGGUGACCUUCCCUGAUGUGCCCCUGGGCAUCUUCUUGUUCUGUGUGUGUGUGAUCACCAUCGGGGUCGUGCAGGCAUUGAUUGUGGGGUAUGCAUUUCACUUCCCGCACCUGCUGAGCCCGCAGAUCCAGUGCUCCACCCACAGGGCUCGGUACCGACGACACGUCCUGGGCAUCGUCCUCCAAGGCCCAGCCCUGUGCUUUGCAGCGGCCAUCUUCUCCCUCUUCUUUGUCCCCUUGUCUUACCUGCUGAUGGUGGCUGUCAUCCUCCUCCCUUACGUCAGCAAGGUCACCGGCUGGUGCAGAGACAGGCUCCUGGGCCAUAGGGAGCCCUCGGCUCACCCAGUGGAAGUCUUCACAUUUGACCUCCACGAGCCACUCAGCAAGGAGCGGGUGGAAGCCUUCAGCGACGGCGUCUAUGCCAUCGUGGCCACCCUUCUCAUCCUGGACAUCUGCGAAGACAACGUCCCGGACCCCAAGGACGUGAAGGAGAGGUUCGGCGGCAGCCUCGUGGCCGCCCUGAGCGCGACCGGGCCGCGGUUCCUGGCGUACUUUGGCUCCUUCGCCACGGUGGGGCUGCUGUGGUUCGCCCACCACUCCCUGUUCCUGCACGUGCGCAAGGCCACGCGGGCCAUGGGGCUGCUGAACACGCUCUCGCUGGCCUUCGUGGGCGGCCUCCCGCUGGCCUACCAGCAGACCUCGGCCUUCGCCCGGCAGCCCCGCGAUGAGCUGGAGCGCGUGCGCGUCAGCUGCGCCAUCAUCUUCCUGGCCAGCAUCUUCCAGUUUGCCAUCUGGACCACAGCGCUGCUGCACCAGGCGGAGACGCUGCAGCCCUCGGUGUGGUUUGGCGGCCGGGAGCACGCGCUCAUGUUCGCCAAGCUGGCCCUGUACCCCUGCGCCAGCCUGCUGGCCUUCGCCUCCACCUGCCUGCUGAGCAGGUUCAGCGUGGGCAUCUUCCACCUCAUGCAGAUUGCCGUGCCCUGCGCCUUCCUGUUGCUGCGCCUGGUCGUGGGCCUGGCCUUGGCCAGCCUGCGGGUCCUGCGUGGCAUCGCCCGGCCUGAACACCCCCCGCCAGCCCCUACGGGCCAGGACGACCCACAGUCCCAGCUCCUCCCUGCCCCCUGCUAGCGGCCACAGAGCCCACUCCCAGCCGUCCCCACCGGAGAUGGACCAGGGAGGACAGGACGCUGGGCAGGGGAAGUUGAGUCACGGGCAGGCCACGGUGGUUCUUGCGUGGCUGGGUUUUAUUUUCAUUGUGAAAUAUGCUGUAUUUCAGUC